CAAAAAGGGGGGGGGUCCCUCUGCCCUGCCUCUGGCCUCUUGGCAGCUUGGAGUGUCAAGAGCAGAACCAGCCCAGGACCCUGCGCUAGGGUCCUCCCUGACUUCAAGGAACAGCACCCCACCCUUUCCUGCUUCCUCCAGCCCCUCUCAGCUGCCCCGACCCCCUCCAGGCCUCCCCAUCUCUGCCUCCAAGUCCUGGAGGACCACUCCCUCCAGAGGCCGCCAUUGGGUGCCUUCUGGGUGUCCACCACCUACUCCCCCCCACACACACACCCUCCCAGAGCCCCGGCAGCAUGAACUGCGUGGCGGACUUCUUCACCUACGAGACCACCAAGUCGGUGGUGGUGAAGAGUUGGACGAUUGGCAUCAUCAACCGAGCUGUGCAGCUUUUAAUCAUCUCCUACUUCGUGGGGUGGGUCUUCUUGCAUGAGAAAGCGUAUCAGGUGCGGGACACCGCCAUCGAGUCGUCGGUGGUGACCAAGGUGAAGGGCUUCGGCCGCUAUGCCAACAGAGUCAUGGACGUGUCAGACUACGUGACCCCACCCCAGGGCACCUCUGUCUUCGUCAUCAUCACCAAGAUGAUCGUCACUGAAAACCAGGUGCAAGGAUUCUGCCCAGAGAGCGAGGAGAAGUACCGCUGUGACUCAGACAGCCAGUGCAGCCCUGACCGAUUCCCGGGUGCAGGAAUCCUCACUGGCCACUGCGUAAACUACAGCUCCGCCUUCCACACCUGUGAAAUCCAGGGCUGGUGCCCUGCCGAGGUGGACACAGUGGAGAUGCCGGUCAUGAUGGAAGCCGAGAACUUCACCAUCUUCAUCAAGAACAGCAUACGCUUCCCCCUCUUCAACUUUGAGAAGGGAAACCUUCUUCCCAACCUGACCGCCUCGGAGUUGAAGACCUGCCGCUUCCACCCCGACAAGGCCCCCUUCUGUCCCAUCCUGCGGGUGGGCGACGUGGUCAAGUUCGCGGGGCAGGAUUUUGCCAAACUGGCCAGAACGGGUGGUGUUCUGGGUAUCAAGAUCGGCUGGGUGUGUGACUUGGACAAGGCCUGGGACCAGUGCAUCCCUAAAUACUCUUUCACCCGGCUGGACAGCGUCUCUGAGAAGAGCAGUGUCUCCCCUGGCUACAACUUCAGGUUUGCCAAAUACUACAAAGCGGAGAACGGCAGUGAGUACCGCACCCUCCUCAAGGCCUUUGGCAUCCGUUUCGAUGUGCUGGUGUAUGGGAAUGCCGGCAAGUUCAAUAUCAUCCCUACCAUCAUCAGCUCCGUGGCGGCCUUCACCUCCGUGGGAGUGGGGACUGUGCUCUGUGACAUCAUUCUGCUCAACUUCCUCAAGGGGGCCGACCAGUACAAAGCCAAGAAGUUUGAGGAGGUGACUGAGACCACGCUGAAGGCUGCCGCUUCCGUCAACCCAGUGUACCCCAGCGACCAGACCACGGAGGAGAAGCAGUCCACAGACUCGGGGGCCUUCUCUAUUGGCCACUAGUCACUAGUGUCCUUUCCCAGGGUCCCCUCAGACUCCGGGCCUUCAGAGAGGGGGCCCCCACUUGGGAUGGGCAUGGGGAGGGGCUGUCAUUCUGUUGUUUAAUCCUUGAGUCCACAGUUGGGGGUGUCUCCAUGUUAGAGACCCUCAGCGCUCUGCAGACAGGUAGUGCUCCCUGAUAAGAGCUCAGUCUCCCCUUCACCCCUUGCUGCACCCCUGUCUGCUCCCCCACAGAUACCCUCCCCACCAGGGCAGCAGCACCUGAGUUAGGCUCCCUCCCAAAGAGUAGAGAUCAUCAUAGUCUUAGUUAGUAAGUAGUUGCAAGAGCCUACCAAGCGACAGGCACACCUACUCAAUUACCUCAUGUAAUCCUUAGCAUAGUCCUAGUAGAGUUCCCCAUUCUGAAGAUAAACUGAGUCUCAGAGAAAUAAAGUCAUGUACCCAAGGCCAUACAGCCAGGAAGUAAGAAAGAUGGGGUUGGAACCCAGGUCUGACUAACCCUGUGGUCCACAUCCUACAAGAGAAACAUGAGUCCCCUGGGUCCUGUGGCCCUGCUGCCAAAGCCUUUUCUAUCUUGACCUUGUCGAUGUUCAGCUUACUAAAGAGUCAUUCUCAUAC